AUGGGUGGUUCUCAGAAGCACCCGUACGUUCUGCAGAAGAACAGAUGGGGAUUCCUCGGAACACUCGUAUCUAUCGUGGCUUUGGCAACAGUUUGCGAUAUGUACUUCACAUGGAAGAAACCAAAGGACGUCACUAGGCCGAGAUGGGUUUACUACGUCAGCCUACUCUCUAUCCCAAGCAACACGCACCUUUUGUUGGUGGUUCCAAGGAGUGGAGAUUCAUACUUCUACAGAUUCCUGCAUGGAAUGCGGUUCUUCAGCAUAUUUUGGGUUGUACUUGGACACGCCUAUAUGCCUGUUCCUCCACUUAGCAGUCGUCCAGUCAAUACGUAUAACUUUGGAGAUCGGUGGGAGUUUUGCAUUGUAACAGCUGCCUAUCUGAGUGUGGACACUCUGUUCUUUAUCAGUGGCUUUCUUCUAGUCUACAACAUCGCGAAGGAAGAAAGGAGCUCAAUUUCAGCAGGUGUAAUUUAUAUAAUUCGUCGAUUUAUUCGCAUUACGGUACCCCUGUUCUUCAUUAUCAUGUGCUUCUAUAUUGUGCCCCUGCUUCUCAUGGGACCCAACACUGCCGAGCUCUACGAGAAGUUUUACGCUGACGUGCGUCACAAUUGGUGGGCACUCCUGGUUCAAGGACGAAAUGCUAUACAGGUCCCAGAUACUGGUAUUUUGUGGCACCUUUGGUAUCUCUCAGCUGACUUCCAGCUCUUCAUUAUCGCACUACCUGUUAUAAUCAUUUUUAAAAGGAAGCCAUGGACGGCAAUAGCGGUGUUCUUGGUCCUAUCGGCUUUGGGAUCUUCAGUCACUGCGUGGCAGAUGUAUAACACCAACUACGAUCCUUUUGCAUUUGUUACUAGCGAUGUAUUUGUAGCGAAAAUGGACAUGUUUUCAAACGUGUACAUACUUCCCUCAUGCCACGCGGUCUGUUUCUUUGCUGGAUGUAUUUGCCAGAUUCUUGUUCAAAAGUAUGCCCAUAUCCACAUUUUGAAGGUUCUGCAGCUGUUCCUUUGGUGCCUAAGCCUGGCAUGCUGCGCCGCCUGCAUGUUCGUUCGCUAUUUUUGGAACCACGAAGACAGACCGUCGAUGGAAUGGGUCAACAUCUUGGUAGCGUUUUGCGCAACACCGCUGUGGGCCAUCUCCUUGGCGUGGCCUGCCUUCGCUUGCGCCACAAAAAGGGGAGGUAUCCUCAGUCAUUUUUUGUCUUGGGAGGCAUUCACCCCUUUAAGCCGACUGAUCUUGGGAGUCUACAUCAUCCAUUUGCCCUUGCAUUACCUGAUUUACUACGAAAGUCGGGAAAGAACACCAUAUUUUCAUUUCACGCUGAUGAUGCCGUUAUCCCAGAAGUGCAGAAGCAUUUUCAGUACUUUAUAG